GACAUCUUUUAUGUGGUGGUUCACCGGAACCGGAAGCUCUAUUUGUCAGGACUGUUUUUUCCAGAAAUCUACGAGUUUUUACUUAUAUCUCGAUAUAUAAUGUCUGAAGGGAUACAGUUUAUUCAAGAAGAGUUAAAAGAUUUAAAGGAGAAGCUUAAGAAACUUGAAGAUGCAGAACUCAUCACUUGUGUUCCUUCCAUGGUCAGAAUACAUAUUACGAAGACAGCUCAUAAAAACCUGGCGAUAUGCUGGAUAUUUCCCAAUGACUAUCCCAACUCUCCAAUCGUAACAGAACUUAAGAGCAAAGUGUUCUCAACAAAACUGCUGGAUGGCUUAACAAAAAUGUGUGAUGCUGAAGCAAAGAAACACAUAGGAAGACAACAGAUUAUCUUGAUCGCCAAGUUUGUCGACCAAUUCUUGGAAGAGAAUCCCCUGUGUGUCUGCAGUGAUGAGAUCAGUUACAUAAAAAAUAAACUCAUUACAGAAAAAGAUGAGUUUAAAUUAAAACAGAAAAAUUCACAGGUGAUUAUGAAGCUGUCUCAAGACAACUACUAUUUCACAGUGAAGUGCAGUAUUCCACUUGGUUACCAUUCAGAACAGAUGAAAGUUGAAAUCACUUCCCAUAACUUCCCUGAAAUAUUCCUGCGCAACUUUCUGGGUCAAGCUAAUGAAAUUGCAAGAAGACAUGUCACUCCACCAUUACGAAAAAGACCCAAAGAUCCUCCGUUUGAACCUUCACCUUCCCUGAAGCCAGUUGCGGAUUUCCUUAUAAGGGAUUGUAUACGAAGGUUACCAGGGGAACGCUGUCCUUGUUGUGGAAAAAGGGGAUUACCUAAAGACCCACAAAAUAUUAUAACAGAUGAGCACCAUGACAUGUUUGCUGAGAGAGUCUACUGCGGCCACAUAUACCACCACAAAUGUCUCGAUGUAUAUAUGAAAACUCCACCUUUUGAAGGUGGUAAAAAGUGUCCAGCCUGUGGUAAAAGAAUAUAUCAUGAAAAAUGGGGUGCAACUCCACAAAUUGCAGAACAGCGCUGGGCCCAUAAAGAGGCCAAAAAACGAGAAUUGGAUGAAGUUGUUGACUUUUUAGACUCCUAACGAAUAGUUGAGCAUGAAGUGAAUGAUAUUUUACACAUGAUAACUCCUGAAGUAUUUAAAAUAUUUUAUUUAUUAAAACAUAUUAUUAUAAAGACUAUUUUGUAAUUGUACAUGUAGCAUUGUAUUAAAUGUUUUAUGUCAGAUGUUUAAGAACUUUCUAGCACACGAUUACUCAGUUUAGUAUAUACGUACAUGUAUAUGUUUCAUAUGCUACUCAAUUCAUGAAAUGUCGAUUCUGAUUAUAUUUGGGGAAUAUGAACUCUGCAAUAUAUAUUCCCAGUAAACAUGUGGAUAUCUUAUGAUAUAGAGUUACUUUUACAUGUGUGUAUGAUUGUUUAACACCAUCAUGGAUGCGUAUAACAUCAAGGUCAGAUAUGUAAUUAUGUCAGUUAUAAAAAUACUGUAACUAGUUUUAAUUUUGCGCCUUAUACUUAAUUUGGUGAAUGUGGCAUUUUUGUUUUCAUCUCCCAAUCUAAAAGUGUCAUCAAAUUUUCUGUAAAUUGCAGCGAAAAAACAUUCUCAAUGCAGUGCAAUAUUCUGUACAUUCAUUUUGUCAUGCAUUAUUAUAUAGACUAUAUACUGUAAAAUGGGUAUUGUUAG